ACGGCCAAAGCGGGGACGCGCGUAGAGGCGGUCCGGCUGCUUGGGUUUCUGUAAUCGCGUUUUUUUUCUGCUACAUUCAGUUAAAUAGCGCGGAGGCGAGGACGAGCGGACGGCCCGACACACGGUAUCAUCCAGGACAAAGCGCAUCGGGACUCCGCUCGGCAGGGCCAAGAUGUCUAGUGAGGUGCAGAGACCAGAUGAUAGCCCCAGCACCAGCGGAGGGAGUUCAGACAUCGAGCAGCGAGAGACGGCACCUCCGCAGGAGCGAGACCUGGUGGCCCCCAAGAAGAAAGAGACCAAGAUCUCCAGUAAAACUGCCGCCAAACUCUCCACCAGUGCCAAGAGGAUUCAGAAGGAACUUGCAGAAAUCACACUCGACCCCCCGCCGAACUGCAGUGCCGGCCCCAAAGGAGACAACAUCUACGAAUGGAGGUCAACUAUUUUAGGACCGCCGGGCUCCGUGUACGAAGGAGGGGUCUUUUUCCUUGACAUCGCGUUUACACCUGACUACCCGUUUAAACCACCCAAGGUGACGUUUCGAACGAGGAUCUAUCACUGUAACAUCAACAGUCAGGGAGUGAUCUGUCUGGAUAUUUUGAAGGACAACUGGAGUCCAGCUCUCACCAUCUCAAAGGUCCUGCUGUCCAUCUGCUCUCUACUAACAGACUGUAACCCAGCGGAUCCUCUGGUCGGAAGCAUUGCCACACAGUACUUGACCAACAGAACGGAACAUGACAGAAUAGCCAAACAGUGGACGAAGAGAUACGCCACAUAAACGCCUCCUACAGUAUCGUUCCUCCCCGACACAAACACACACACACACACUAUACCCCCGCCCCGCCCUCCUGUGCCUCUCUACCUCUCCCAAUCUGCUAAAAGCACAUUCACCAAGUGCGACGUGCAUCUGGCCCCUCUUCCUUCCAUCUUCCUUUACACCUGUCUGUGACGACAAACUCUCCUUUGUUCCUCGUUGACUUGAAAGCUUCUUUUUAUACAAAGAGUAGAUUGGGACUUUAUUUUCCAAUUAUCUGAAUGUUUGAAUUACCUUAGGUGAAAAGGAAUACUAUUGUUUAUUAUUAUUGUUGUUGUUAUUAUUGUCGACUUAAUGUAUCUAUAUCCUUUUUUGAAGUGGCAUCCGGAACAAAUACAGCUUCUAAACCGUCUCCCUUCA